AUGGAUGGCCUCGCCGGCGAGGUGAUGGCGAGAGACGCCUGGGCGUCACUUCCAUCAAACCUGCUGCGCGCCGAGCUUCAAAGACGAGCAGAUGACGGCGAGAAGCCCCAAUGCGGCGGACACAAUUCGGGGUGGUACGACACGGCUGCGCAUGUCUUUGCGCUGCUUCUGAUUCUGGUCCUGAGCACACUUGCUUGCGGCCUCCCGCUAUUCUCACGGCGAGCAACGACAGGACAUCGACAAAAGGAGAUAUUAUUCUACAGCCAACAUAUCGGUACCGGCGUUCUCAUUGCCACGGCUUUUGUCCACCUUCUCCCAACCGCCUUCUCGUCCCUGACCGACCCAUGUCUACCGUACUUCUUCAGCAAGGGAUACACUCCUCUACCCGGACUCAUUGCCAUGGUCUCCGCUCUGGUCGUCGUGGGAGUCGAGUCCUAUUUGACCGCUCGAGGCGCAGGCCAUUCGCAUUCGCAUGCGCACGAUUUCUGGGACGAGAACGACGAGGCCGAGGGUGAUGCGCAGGAGCUGCAUUUGCCGAGAGAGGGUCUGGCUGACAGGCGGGCGCGCAUGACCGGACGACGGGCAGCGGAUAUGGAUAUCUCGCUAGGCAAUUUGGAGGCGUCAGAGGGCCUUAUUGCCGGCGUUUCGCCUUUGCCGGAGUCGAGUCCGAUGGUGCCACGGCGCAAGUCUACUGAACACGCCGACGACGACGACGAUCGGGAUUCGGACCUCGACUUGGAUCUGGGAGAGCUUGAUCCUGCCCCUGCCGGUAGCAGCGCCCAGAAUGGCCAGUACUCUUCGCUUGCGAAACCCAACGGCACCUCGGGGCGCCGCCACUCCCUGGACGGGAACCAAACACAGUCGCCAGAAGAGCAGAAGCGUCGCAUGCUGCAGUGCCUUUUGCUAGAGGCGGGCAUCCUCUUCCACAGCGUUUUCAUAGGAAUGGCAAUCUCUGUGGCCACGGGCCCGGCCUUUGUCGUCUUCCUGGUAGCCAUCAGCUUCCACCAGUCGUUUGAGGGCAUGGCGCUGGGAAGCCGAAUCGCGGCCAUCCAGUUCCCCAAGGGAUCCAUUCGUCCUUGGCUGAUGGUCCUCGCCUACGGGACUACCACUCCCAUCGGCCAGGCCAUUGGCCUCGUUCUGCAGAAGAAGUGGGAUCCGAGCAGCGCCACGGGUCUUGUGGUCGUGGGCACUACCAAUGCCAUCUCCUCGGGCCUGCUGGUGUAUGCCGGCCUGGUGCAGUUGCUGGCGGAAGACUUCUUGACGGAGAAGAGCUAUCGCAUUUUGAAGGGCAAGAGACGCUUGCAAGCCUACUUUUCGGUCGUGGCGGGCGCAGCGCUCAUGGCGGCAGUGGGAGCGUUUGCUUGA